AUGCCAACGGACAAGCCAGUAGUUGCCGACUUUACCGGAGGUGAUGCUCUCCAAACUUCAGUAAAAUCACCCGAACCUUCAAGCCAACAACAGUCACAGUCACAAGGAAAAUAUAGACGAAAUUAUCGUGCAUGUUUGAACUGCCGUCUUCGUAAAGUCAAAUGUGAUUUAGGUCCAGUUGAUAAUCCUCACGAUGGGAAAUGUGCACGUUGUCUUCGAGAAAGAAAGGAUUGUGUAUUCGUUGAAAGUAAACGAGGAGGUACUGCAAAUGUGGUCAAUGGGAAACGCAAAAAGCAAAGGACAUCAAGCACGGUGAUGAGUAGACUGGAAACUCAAUCUCCGGAUUCCAAUAAUGUUUCUUCAACCACGUCAACCAUAGCGUCGCAAAAUGAUAAUAUAAAUACACCUUUGAUUAACAUGUCAAUUAACAAUAUAAUGCAAAAAUUGCCUGGUGUCGAGAGUAUUCUACCUAAAGACAAUUCUAGGAAUCCCCCACAGUCUGGCUUUUCAAAUACAUCCACUUCUCCUUCUUCGUCGUCAUUGCCUAUGGGACAACCACCUCAAUUACCGCCGAUAUCAAGUAAAACUUCGAUCCUAAAUCAACUGCUGCUGCUGUUGAAAAACCCAAAGUCGCUAUCGAAUGAAUUUACAACUAUGGAAAGUGCUUUGGUAUUUUUAGCCAAUGCUGCUGGGGAAAUUGCUAAAGCUGAUGAAAGAGAUAAUAUUGAUGCUCAAUCGAAAUAUGACCAGAUUGAAGCAUCAUUAUCUGGUGCCAAUAGUCAUCGUGUUAGCAUAGAUGAGACGACGAAUCAACAGCAACAAGAGCAACAAAAUCAACACUACCAGCAAAAACUGGAACAAGGUCAACGUCAUAAACCAUCACCAUCACUACAACAACAAGAGCACCAUCAACAGCAACCUUUAAAUACUCCUAACAAUGGACCCGGGGUUUUCACUAACAAUUAUCACGGUCAACCUGAAAAAUCAAAUAUCCCACCAUAUGUCAAACCUACUGCUUCGCGAAGAAUGUUUGUACCGCCAGCAGAGAGCGGGAAUGCUGUUAGACCAAAAGGUUCAAAUAAAUUGUCUAAUAUAGAUUAUAUUGGCCCUGCUCCGAGAGGGAUAUUAACUGAAGAUGAAGCCAAACGAUUAAUCAAUUUGUUUUUUGUCACUAUGCAUCCUUAUUUCCCACAUAUUCCAAAAUUCCUUCAUUCACCUCAAGUUUUAUCAAACUAUCCUAUCUUGUUAUGUGCCAUAUUAACGAUUUCAUCCAGGUAUCACCCAUUUGAAACAGAUAUGACCAAUCAUACCAAUGGUAAUGGGGCGGUUCCCAGACAUAUAGAAGUUCAUGAUCGGUUAUGGUUAUAUGUGCAGAGAUUAAUUUCACAAACUGUUUGGGCAGAGGCGAGCACUAGAUCCAUUGGGACUGUUUUUGCCUUUUUGUUGUUUACAGAAUGGAAUCCUCGAGCCAUUCAUUGGCGGUGGUCUGAUUAUGCAAAUAAGGCUGAAGAAAUCAAUGACACUGAUCAACAACAACAACAACAACAACCUCAAGCAAACUCCAAUACUAAUGGUUCGGCAUCACUUUCAUCUGCUGCUGCUGCUGCCACGGCAUCCACAGCUGCAACUACUGCGAGUGCGUUUGGUCAACUGAGUGAUGAAAAUAAUGGUGGACUUGCUGGAUUAGGAGCAAUGCGAAGAAGUCAUAGAAUGGCAUGGAUGUUAAUUGGAUCAGCCGUUAGAUUAGCUCAAGAUAUGGGGUUUAUGGAAAUCAGCUCCAAAGCGUUUUUGGCAACACAUAUAGCCGAAAUCAAUGCAGUGAUGAAUAUGUCGCGUCGAUCAAUGCUUGCUAAUUCUUUAUCGGAAGUUGAUUUGGAUGAAGAUGAAAUCACUGUGGAAGAUAUGGAACAAGCAGAAGAAAAAGAUGACGAUUCUAAAAUCAUGCAAAUGAAUGAGGAAGAGUUGAAAAAAAUAUCCACACAUCAUAUUUUGAAGUUUACGAAAUCACAAAAAGCCACCAUUGAAUUAUUGCAAAUUAUGUCCUUGGGACAUGAAUCUUUAUAUGGAUAUAAAGCUCAAUUGGGCCAACUAACGCAUCGUCAAACAUUAUCGGUGUUGAAUAUUUUAAGUCCAUUGAUUAAUAACUGGGGUCGUAAAUAUAAAGAAUUUCUAGUACCUUCAUCACCAAUAGUAAACAGCAAGUUUGCUAAAUUAGCACCUAAUUUUCCCCAACAUUGGUUGGAUUCAAAUAAUAAGAUAUGUCGUGAAAUUGCCGAUACCAUUGAACAAGAAACAUUUAUAAUUGAGUUUAAUUAUGUUAAAUUAUAUAUUUAUUCAUUGGCAUUGAAUCAAUCUCCUAAAUCUAUGCUUGAAAAAGGUACUAAAAUAAAACUAGAUGAGUUAUCAAAAGCAGCUAAAUAUAUUGAGCAGGCAUUCCAUGCAGCUAAUGAAACAUUGAAUGCUGCUCAUAGGAUUCAUCGAUUUAAGAUGUUACGAUUUAUGCCCGUUAGAUUGUUAACGAGAUUCAUUAGAGCGGCCGCCUUCAUAGUUCGAUGUCAUUUAACCAUGACAGCCCAAGAAAAUAUUUCUUUAUCGGUUUCAAAAAUCACUAUUGAUGAAAUUAUCAAAUCAACCCAUCGAGCAGCAAUGACAUUAAGAGAAUGUUCACCCGAUGAAUUACAUUUGCUUUCUCGAUAUUCAACUAUUCUUAUGGUAUUAUAUUCAGAAAUGAAAUCGAAACGAAAUCGAAAAGAAGCAGUAGAAGAUGAUGAGAAUAAUGAGUCCACCACAAUCCCAGAAACAGUUGGGGAAGAUAGUUCAAGUGGUAAUUCUCUGGAAUCUAAGCAAGCAUCUGGAGGGGUGAGGGCAACAACAGUAAAUGCAUCAGGAUCAUCCUUUGCGUCUGUUUCUUCUGGUGUUUCUAAUAAUGGAGUAUUUGGUGUAGGACGAUCAACAUCAGCAGCAACACAACCACAACAACAGCAACGACAGCAACCAAUACAACCAUCACAUACUACAGCUGGUAUGGCCACAAGUACUUAUAAAUCUUUUGGUAACAACAACAUUCAUAAUAAUUCUGCGCCUGCGGCAGUGGAUGCUGGACAAAUGGAAAUGAGCGAUAAUUCAUCGUCGUCGUUUCCUUCAGUGCCACCACCAGUUGAAGAUUUCGAUUUUGAUUUUAAUAUUGAUGAGCUUUUGGGUGAUGGGUUUCAAAAUAUUGUUGAUUUAUGGAGUUUUUUGAAUUGA